AUGACAACAGCGUGGACCGAUGGCUACCAGACAGAAGUAAAUUACACCUAUGGUUACUACAGAGACUUAAGCCCGAACUACCAAAAGUUUUGCUUAUUACUCAAUGGGGUUGAUUGCCCACCCACCAAUGAACGUCACAAACAUUGUGAACUCGGCUUUGGUCAAGACUUUAACCCUGCUCAUGCUGCCCAUGCCAAUGUCUUGGCUGAACAAAAUCAAGUCCCGCAUCAUUUCUAUGAUGCAAGUUUUGAAGAGUUGCUCAACAAAGACUUACCGAUGUUUGACUCGAUUAGUUUACACGGAAUCUGGAGUUGGAUUAGCCACGAAAACCAACAUAUUAUUUUGCAAUUUAUCCGAAAAUUUUUAAGUCCCAAUGGGAUUGUCUAUAUCAGCUAUAACUGCCUGACCGGUUGGGCUGCCAAUAUGCCAGUCCGCGAGUUAUUUCACAGAUACUUAGGGGAAUUCGAUUUAAUCCAAGAGAUUUAUCAACCACUCGGUGCUUAUUUUAAGCAAUGUGACUAUAAGCCACAGACGAUUGCAGAGCUUGAACAGGCCAUUCCUGAUAUUACCUAUUCAAAGCUACUCAAUGCCUUGGUGAUUUUAUGCCACUUAGGUUUGGCACAACCUUGUCAGGCGGCUUCAAAUCAAGAUAUGGUUGAACAUGCUCAGAAAUUAAAUCGUUAUUUCCUUGAGCAAGCCAGCUAUCAUACCAAUUAUCAAGUAUUGGCCUGUCCACUCACAGGGAUUGGUAUUCCAGCCGAUCAGUUUACCCAACUCUUCUACCGCGCUCACUUUAUCGAUGGUUUAGACUCUGCCGCAGAAUUUGCACAAUAUGUUUGGGAUGUGCUGACUCAAUUAGGCUGGCUGGUAUUGGACCAACAAGGCAACACCGUUUCAGAUCCAAAAACCAGCCUUGAAGUCAUUCAAGAGAAAGCCCAAUUCUUUAUAGAUAAAGCUGAUCCAGAUGAACAAGGCUUAAUUUGCAUAGGUGCAGACUUAGCACCUUCUACAUUAUAUGAAGCUUAUACGCAUGGCUUAUUUCCAUGGUUUUCCGAAGGUGAGCCAAUUUGUUGGUGGUGUCCAGAACCGCGUUGCAUCAUUCGCCCUCAGGAUUAUCAUCCAAGUAAAUCACUACUGCGAAAUAUGAAAAAGUUUGAUUAUAAAAUUACCAUCAAUCAUGCUUUUGAACAGGUCAUUCGUUCUUGUUCGCUCCCACGGAGCUAUGCGGAUGAAACGUGGAUUUCCGAGGAGAUUAUUCACGGUUAUUGCCAACUAUUUGAAGCUGGAUAUGCCUAUAGUGUUGAAGUCUGGGAUCAAGAUAAAAUUGUAGGUGGGCUGUAUGGUGUGACGAUUGGCCAUGGUUGUUUUGGUGAGUCGAUGUUUAGCACUCAAACCGAUGUUUCCAAAAUGGCUUUUUACACACUGAUGUUAUUGGGCCGAGAAAAUAAUUUACCGUGGAUUGACUGUCAGUUGGUCAAUGAUCACUUACUCAGUCUCGGUGCUUGUACACUUUCUCGCCAUGAAUACCUUAAAUCGUUACAAGAUGUAAUAAAACAACCCUCUAUAGAUUGGAAAAGUUAUCAAGAGCGUUCCCUAUUAAACGACUUACAGUACUAUAUUACGCCACCACAUGAUUGCAGUUAUCUUGAAAAUAAAUCUGCACGUAUGGUGUUUCUCGACCCUGUACAUCGUAUUGAUGUUGUCACACUUUCCGAAUUAUCGCGUGUAGGUUUUAGACGCAGUGGUGAUUUUGUUUAUCGCCCUGAAUGCCAUCUUUGCCGCCAAUGCUUAUCUUGUCGGGUGCCAGUGACUGAAUUUAAAAUGAGCAGUGCUCAGAAAAAAGCCUGGAAACGCAAUCAAGAUUUAACCGUUAAAAUUAUUUCGACCCAAGAGGCCACACAAACGCAUUAUCAUCUGUACGAGCGUUAUAUUAUUGAAAGACACGCCGAUGGUGAUAUGUUCCCACCCAGUUAUGACCAAUUUGAAAAAUUCCUGAUUCACAGUUGUACCAACAGUUUUUUCCUUGAACUGUGGAAAGAUGAUCGUUUAAUUAGUGUCUCUACCUGUGAUCAAUUGGACGAUGGCGUUUCUGCGGUGUAUACCUUCUUUGAUCCAAAUGAAAGUAAGCGUUCACUGGGGGUUUUUGCGAUUCUCAAACAAAUUGAAUAUGUAAAAUCGUUGAAUCUAGAUUUUGUUUACCUCGGGUAUUGGGUUCCACAUGCUGAGAAAAUGAAUUACAAAUCUCAAUAUGCACCAUUUGAAUUAUUAUUAGAUGGACAAUGGCGACGGAUCAAUCGUCACUUGGAAGCCAAAGAAAUUCAAGAGUUAGGCGAUAUGUUGAUGACUACCCUGCCCUCAGAAUGGAAUGAGCCGAUUAUCAAAUAA